CGGCCAUCGCUGCGAACUCGCAAUUUUCAAUUGUGGUUUUAUGUGUCGUAAAUUCUGAAUUUUAGCAAAAAUUGUUUACACGUAGUGGCUCGGUUAACAUUGUGCAGUUAAUAAAAAACUGAUCUGUGCUUGCAGUGUGCCGGCGCCCCCAUCGGUGACUACGCGCGUACGCAGAUAUCACUGCGGAAGAUUACACGAUAAAUUGAAAAAGUUUCGCGUUUAUGAGUGACAUAAGUGACAGCACAAUGAAUCUGAAACUGAACAACGAGGUAAGAAGCUCUGUCAACUUGCUUCAUAAAGCGCCUUCUACUGUAAAGGAAGAAAGGCGACGUACGGGUCGAUAUAUAGCGAUUCUUGUAGGUAUAUGUUUGUUCCUGCUGGCGCUGUACCACGCGUGGGUGAGGCGGAUACCGGUGGUUGCCAGCCUGGUGGUGCCAGCUCUAAUAAUGUUCGUGUACGUCGGUUGGGUUUUGUAUACAGCAUCCAGGGACAAGAAAAGGUUGCUGGCGGCCGCAGAGGCGGCUUUGAAUGCCGCUAUGCCAACGAACGGUGAAGCAGACGACCAUACAUCAGAGCUAUCACACAGUAACAUAGAGAUUUCUGUAAUUCCUAACAGAGACACGAAAGUCAACUCACCUGAAGACGCACCAAAAGAUUGGUCGGAAAUCUCCUCAGUUUUCCAAAAGGGAGACACGAAACCUGAAGAUAAAAAUAUUCGUUUUGUUAAACCUAUAAUUUUAAUUAAUGAUAAAUUACCAGAAGACUUAGACCAGAAGUGGACGAAUAUUGUUGAAACGUUAACAAAUAGCGAUAAAUUGAAAGGUUUUCAGACGCGGAGAAAGUUCAAGAGAAAAUUCUGCAGGAAGAAAAGACAUGCAACAUUUAAAAGGUCAUAUUCUAUAGGUUGAGCUUAUUAAUAUAAUUUAAAUCUAAUUAUAUCUUUUACAUAGUAGUAACAUAUGUCCAUAUAUAAUAAGUGAUUAAAAUCGUCGGCACUGUUAAUAAUUAGUCGAAUAGAACAUACGUUCGAAACUUCCUGUUUGCCUAAAUAAUAGGCCUUUAAAUGUUUUUAGGCUUAUAAUAUCGAAAGGAGAAAGGUUAUGUACAAGAUUUUAAUCCGUUUGAAAUAAUUUUAAAUAUUGUUAAAUACUCUUAAAUGUACUACUUGAAUAUGUUUGAAAUGUGUUCCAAAGUUAAUUAAAAUUAAAAUUGUAUUAUUUUACAAUUAUCACGUAAGCUGUAAUGUUUCGAAUGUGAUACUUUUAUACUUGAUGAAAGUGGUCAUCGAUGCUUUUGUAAGCUAUAAAUAAAAGUAUGAAGUAAUUUCUAAAUCACAUGAACACUAUC